UAAAGUUGUGUCGCCAAGAAAAUAAAAAGGGAGAAAUCAUGUAUGUGACUAGACCUCUUUCGAUGUACAUAAACCAACCUUCUGCUCUGUCAUUGCCUCCCCCAGAAGGUCCAAAUUCUGGAAUUCUGGUUCUGCAGGAUGAAGAAGCCGAGCUUACUUGUUGUUUUGGGUUGUGCAAAAGCAACGAGGUUCUGGACCUGCCUUUCCCACAGAACAAGGACCUAACUCUUCGUUACUCAACUGGUGUUGGAAAUCGACCCAAUCAAGUUGAUCACUUUUAUGCUUCUUUCAUUCCUGUUCUUAAUCUGCCUUUGUCCUCCAACAGAUAUUAUGUGAUACAGACACAUGGGAGACAUAAAGGGGAAGCUUAUACAAAUUCAAGUGAGGAAGACAUGACAAGCUGCUGUUUCUGCAACAUUGUACGUGAUGUGCCACCACAACCUCUAGAUCACAACAGUACAUACCAGCAAUUUGAAGUCAUGAGGGUUCAAGGACUAUUCAAUCAAUGGGGUCGAUUUACAGCCAGAGCAGUGGCUCCAGAUGGAGUGCCACCACGUUUCUUAGAAAGAAAAGGGUGGGAGGCUAACACUUCAAGCCGCCACAGUUUCGAUUUGGGUGAAGCACCAGGGCUAAAUGCUUCCCUUCGAGCUCAACUUCCUGAUUUCAACUUCCCAUUAUCUUAUAAGACUUCUGAUACUGUGAUUGUGGGGAAGUGGUACUGUCCAUUCAUGUUCAUAAGAGAAGGCAGACUGAAAGAUCAAGUUAGGAACUCAGCUUAUUAUGAAAUGACCCUUGAGCAAAACUGGGAACGGAUAUUUGAAUGUGACAACGCUUAUGCAGGAGGCAAUAAUUCUGUAGCUGUGGAUGUUAGUGUUCAAAAAAUGAGGGUUUUAAUAAGUGGGAAGGAGGCUGAAGAUGAACAUGUGGCUGAUGGGAUAAUGUGGUUCAGAAGCCAUAGCAAUGGAUUAAAGGAGGCUAGUAGCAGUGUUGGGUUAAGCAUGGCAAUAGUUGAUAGAAUGAGGUGGGAACAAGAGAGGGCUGGUUAUAUUUGGGGUAAUGAAAGACAUGUGAGAGUGAAGGAGGUAGAUCAUGUUCUUGAAGGAAGAGAAGGGUGGAAUAAUUAUGGAUGUUAUGUUUUGGUUGAGAGGUUUGUGCUUAGAAGAUCGGAUGGCAGCUUGGUGUUAACCUGUGAAUUCAAGCACACACAUCGUAUCAGAAGCAAAUGGGACUGAGAGGCUAUGUUACUCUUUAAUCUUUGGAAGUUUCUUAGUUUCAUUUCUGUUUUGAUUUAUGGGGAUUGGAAUGUAUUGUCUUGUUUUAUGUUUUACAUAUUGCUGGCAGAAUUCUUUCAUUUGUUUAGUUGGUUUGUAAGGUUAAGAAAAACAAUAUUGAGCAGGUAUUUUCAUGCUAAUCAUUUGUGGAUUAGACCUACCUAUGAAGUGUAAGAUCUUGUUUGAAUAUCAGCUUGGUGGCCCAAA